AUGAGCCUCACUCACACCGUUCUGUUCCAAUUCAAGGCAGAAGCACCGGCUGACGACGUCAAGGCGGCUUGUGCGCGAUUUCUUGCGUUGAAGGAUAGCUGCAUCCACCCGACGACGGGGGCCAAAUACAUUCUUUCGUUGAAGGGGGGAAAGGAUAAUUCCCCCGAAAAGUUGCAGAAUGGGAUCACGCAUGGGUUUGUGGCCGAAUUCUCCUCGGCUGAGGAUAGGGACUAUUACGUCAAGACAGACCCCGUUCAUCAGGCCUUUGUGAAGAGCCUCGGAGGUCUUAUUGACAAGGCCGUCGUUGUUGAUUUCAAUGAUGGAGUGUAUUAG